UAAGACACAGCUGUUGGUCUUAAGGCUUCAGGACUCCUUAGAAGGAGGAGGGGGGUUGCUGGCUGGCAUCCAAGGCAAGCAGGCCAAAAGCCUGCAAAGAAGGCUGAAGUAGCUGGCUGGCCAGUCACAGGAAGAGGCUCAGGCUUAACUGCACCCCAGGAUGGCAAGUGGAAUGGAAGGCAGCUGGGGGAACCUGGAGGUCUAGUGAGCCGCAGCUGGGCUUGAAGAAGGGCUCUUUCCCGAGUUCCUGAAGCACACACGCAAAGAGAGAGAGAGACGCCACCCUCCAGCUCUUUGGAAUUUUUUUGCCUAUCCUUUUGCUGUGCUUCCUGUGACGGGCAUCUUGCGCUCUCAGGCUGAACAAGAGAGAACCAGCACCCCUGUGAGUCGGAGUAAGAGAUCUGGACUGGGGAUGAACAGCAGGCGCCUGGCUGGGGGUCAUUCUCAUGCCCCAUCCAAGAGGGGCAGGGACAAGAUCCCUCCAAAGGCAGAAGAGCACCUGAGGAGCCAGCAAGGUCCGUUUCCUCUGCUGUGGAGAGCUGGGCUCCUGUAGAGGACAGCGCUUUCCCUCUAUGCCUCCAUCCGUCUAGCUCCGGGGUGGAGGGUAAGCGACUCCCUUGCCUUCCCUAUGGUUGGCUGCCCACGGUAUCAUGAAUCAUUAUGAGGAUGUGUGACAGAGGUAUCCAGAUGCUGAUCACCACCCUGGGAGCCUUUGCAGCGUUCAGCCUCAUGACCAUCGCAGUGGGCACUGACUAUUGGCUGUAUUCCAGGGGUGUGUGCAGGACUAAGUCCACAAAUGACAAUGACACUAGCAGGAAAAAUGAAGAAGUCAUGACCCACUCGGGCUUGUGGCGGACCUGCUGCUUGGAAGGGACAUUCCGAGGAAUCUGUAAGCAAAUCAAUCAUUUCCCAGAUGAUGCUGACUACGAACAGGAUGCAGCGGAAUAUCUCCUGCGCGCAGUGAGAGCAUCCAGCAUCUUCCCCAUCCUGAGUGUGGGUCUGCUCUUCUUCGGGGGCCUCUGUGUGGCAGCCAGUGAGUUUUACAAGAGCAAGCUCAAUGUCAUCCUGAGUGCAGGGAUUUUUUUUGUAUCGGCAGGACUAAGCAACAUCAUCGGGAUUAUAGUGUACAUCUCAGCAAACGCUGGGGACCCUGGGCAGAGCGACUCCAAGAAAAGCUACUCCUAUGGCUGGUCCUUCUACUUUGGAGCCUUAUCCUUCAUCAUUGCCGAGAUGGUCGGAGUGAUCGCCGUCCACAUGUACAUUGAGAAGCAUCGCCAGAUACGAGCCAAGUCUCACUCAGUGGCGUUGCUGAAAAAGUCCACCUUUGCCCGUUUGCCUACCUACCGGUACCGGUUCCGAAGGAGAUCCAGCUCCCGUUCCACGGAGCCCCGGUCAAGGGAUUUGUCCCCCAUUGGCAAACGCUUCAACACCAUCCCUUCCGCUGACAUCUCCCUGUUUACCCUCUCUAGGGAUCCUUCCAAGGUGACUAUUGGGACACUGCUCAACUCAGAGAGAGAUCAUGGGUUUUUACAGAUUCAUAACUCCCUCCCCAAAGAGUUCAAGGAGUCUUUGCACAACAAUCCAGGAAACAGACGAACCACUCCGGUCUGAAGCCAGCCGUGUCCCUAGUUGGCUGAGAGUCCUGGCAGCUAGAUUCCCUGCUGAGUGCCGUGUAUAGAGGUGUAUCGUUAAGACUGCAUGACAUGACCCACCCACCCCUGUGAUGGUGUAACCAGUGAAACUGCUUUUCAGAAGAAACCCUUGGUUGUCUUCCCUGCCCCUAGGGGGCCGCCUGGGUUGGGCAUUUUAUUUUUUGCGUUUGUUUGAAAUCCUAAAUCGCCACUUGCUAAGCCAAGCUAUUGAGGCUCUGGUUUGACUGCAUCUGAGCCUCCCAAAAUCCAAACCUCUCAUUCUCUGAGCAAGAACAGACAUUGAGCUUUGCUGUACACACAGCAGAAGGGGUUCCCCGUGGACUGUCAGGACGGCCACUGCUCAGAGGCCCCAUCAGGAACGCCACGUGUGCGCAGAGUUCAUCUUGACAUCACCUUUGUGGGAAAUCUCCAAGCAUGGAACAGCGAACCUGAGCACUUUUUAGAAGACUACAAAAACAGUCCCUUCUUCUGUUUGGCUUGUAUUGGAUGAUGCUGGGGUGGGGGUGGGGGUGGGGGCUCUCUGUUAUCGUGUGCAUGCAUUAAAUAGCUUGGGAUCCAAUUUCCUCCCACGUGAUUGGAAGAGACGGCACUGAGCCAUUUCUGUGGGUUUAGGAAGGGCUCUGAGUUUUGUUUUAUUUUGUUUUGUUUGCAUCUUCAGUGCUUACAUCAAGACUGGGGGGGAGAGAAAGCACACAAACACUCUCCUCCUCCAUCCUGACCAAGGUGCUGGUUGUAACCUGCCGUCCAUGGGUCAGCUUUUGACAUUACAGGUAGGAUGAGCUAACUCUCUCAACCAGAGGUAGGUCUCUGGAGGCCAUGAAGAUCCGUGUGGCUCAGCUGCCAUUCGCGCUGUCAGGUGCAGCACCGACAUACAGCCUGUGCCAAUGGGCGAUCGAUAUCUGGGGUGCUUGAAAGGUUCAAAGAGAACAAAUUUAUACCAAUAAAGCACAUUCGGCUCA